UGACUAAUUCUAGGAUGUACCGGUAGUUUGAUUUUUAUUUAACUUAUUGUUUUAAAUUACUGCAAUAAUACACCUCAAUAACAGUUUUGAAAGUAAUACUAAAAUUAUAUCUGGAAAAGAAGGAAAUAAUUCAAGUUUAUAUCAAAAAUAAAUUGGUGCUUUGACAUAAUGUCUGUUAAUAACAAAGAGAAAGAUGUCCAGUCUAGACCCACAGAUGAAGACAAAAUUCUUUUGCAGCCAUUUAAUUAUAUAUUACAAGUACCAGGAAAACAGAUUAGGAGCAAACUAACAAAGGCUUUCAACCACUGGCUGAAUGUUCCACUUGAAAAAUGUCAAGUAAUUGGUGAGGUUGUUCAAAUGUUGCACAAUGCUAGUCUGUUGAUUGAUGAUAUUGAAGAUAAUUCUUGUUUAAGACGAGGAAUUCCAGUGGCACAUCAUAUUUUUGGGGUUGCUAGUACCAUCAACACUGCUAACUAUGUUUAUUUCUUGGGGCUAGAGAAGUUGCUGAAAUUGGGAAAACCUGAGGCUACAGUUGUGUACACAGAACAGUUGCUGGAGCUUCAUCGUGGUCAAGGAAUGGAAAUAUAUUGGAGAGACAACUUUGUAUGUCCAACAGAAGAAGAGUACAAACACAUGGUUAAGAGAAAAACAGGAGGACUGUUUGGAUUGGCUGUACAGUUGAUGCAACUCUUCAGUGACAAUAAAAGUGAUUUUACAAAGUUGAUAGGAAUUAUGGGCCUGUACUUUCAAAUAAGGGAUGACUAUGCCAACCUACUGUCCAAAGAGUAUACAGAUAAUAAGAGCUAUUGUGAAGAUCUCACUGAGGGGAAAUUUUCCUUUCCGAUAAUUCAUACCAUCUGCUCUCAUCCUGAAGACCCUCGAAUGAUUAAUAUUAUACGUCAAAGAACUCAUGAUGUAGAGAUAAAAAAGUACUCUGUAGAUCUCAUGGAGAAGUUUGGUUCCUUUGAAUAUACACGGAAAACAAUGGAAGAACUUGAUCAAGAAGCUCGAGCAGAAGUUGAGAUGCUUGGAGGAAAUCCUCACAUGAUAGCUGUGCUGGAUGAGCUGAAGACUUGGUAGUUUUGAAGUUGGAAUGUUGUGUUUAAUUUAUUUGUGAUUCAAAUUAAGUGUAAUCAUAAAUUAUGCCUAACAUUAAUAUUAGAUGUUGUAUUGAUAGAUAGUUAUGUAUAGUUAUAUAUAUAUAAUAUUAUGUCAUUCUUUGUUUUCUCAGUCUGUGGAGUAAAACAAAUUGUCUAGUGUUUUUAAAUGAUUUUGAUGCAUGAUGUAAUAAUAUGCUACAUGUGCAUCCUCGGGUAGUGUUUUUGUAGUGAAUAGAGGAUGCUUAUAUCCUUCCAUACCUCAGUCUUUCAGAGAAGGAAAGAUGUAUAAUACAUUAUGCUUUUUUUUAGUUUCAUUCAACCUGUUAAAACUCGUUGCCUUAAAAAAACAUUUUAAGUUCCCUUUUCAAAAACAAAAAAUUUUGAAUAAUAUCAUUAUUGUUAUGUAAUUCUUCCUCUUCUCCCCUUUUAACUUCUCAACAAAAUUAUAGGUUUUUUGGGGGUUUUUUUUCAAAAUAAUAUUUUCUUUAAUUAUGCAGAAAAAACUGUGGAAAGGUUAGUGGCUUCUCUUUUGUAUAUGUUUGGCCUUUUUUCAUUUUGAAGAACAAGUAAAAGAUUUUUUUUUUCAUUGAUUCAUUAGUUAAUCCAUUUAACCAUUUGAAAAUUUUACUGUUUUAGGCAAUCUGUGUCAGUAUGUAAACCACAUAUUGAAAAACAUUAUCCAUUUUUCUGGUAUAAGAACACAAAAUAGAACUAAAAUUUUUCCAUGCUUUUUUGAUAAAAUUCUCAUGUAGAAUUCAAAAACUUUGUAUGCUACUAUCAACUAUAUUGUUAGGUUUAUUUUUGAUGUGCAGUCAAAGGGACCAGUUUUUUACUAUUUAUAAAGCCUCAUCCAGAGUAAUUUUGAAAUGGGCAUUAACACUGAAAUACAGGCUUUUUAAAAUAUCUCUAUAAUGCAUCUGAAAUAAAGAAUAAUUUGACAAUUUUUUUAAAUAAAUGUAAAUUUUUGUAUUGGUUGAUUGAAUAAAAAGUAGGAAAAAAUCUGUACAAAAAUUGUGCUUGAAAUGAAAUUUUAGCAAUAUGAAUUAUAGUAUUUGAGUGAGAUUACCACUCAUUAAAUAACGAUAUUUAGCAUGCUGAUGUUUAAUCUGGAUCAGACUCUAGAUCACAUCAAAAGUUUUGCUCUGUCUGCUGUAUGUGUUUUUAGGUUUUUCUCUAUAUUGCAAAUGUUUUCUUUAUAAACUUGGCAUGGAACCAGCUGUCAGUGAUACUUUUAUGGCUGAUUAUUGGUCAUAUGUAUAAUUUAUUUGAUUACAAUGUUUAACUAUUAAAACAGUAUUAAAACUAAUAAGUGAAAAAGGUAGAUUCUGCCAUUUAUAAAAAAACAAAUUAACUUCAAAUUGAAUGUUAUUUCCAUUUUAAUAAACCAUCAGUUCAGCAAUACACCAUUCAUGAGAAUUAUUUUGUUUUGCUAUAUAGACAUGUAACUGGUGAAAAAAGGCUCUCACUUUUGUGUAAGGGACAGCAUAGAUUUGUGCAUUGGACUCAUAGUCAGAUGGUUGCGAGUUCAAGGCUGGUCUGCAUCAUGCUGUUUCCUUGAGCAAUAUCUUUUACCCCAUUUGUUCCAGUCUACCCAGCUAUAUGAUGGGUACCAGCUGUAAGCUCAGGGUUCACCUGCAAUGAACUGGCAUCUCAUCUAGAAGGAAUAGGUCACCAUUAUCGUCUGUUUGUAUCACUUGAAACCAAAGUUCAAAUGCACUUGACCCUAUGUGCCUUGCAAAGGCAUAGCAAAAAUUUAACUUUUGUGUAAUGUAAGUAGUUCUUGACAGUUGAAGGCAUACAUUUUAUAUAAUAUUUCUGUAUUAUGUAAUUACUUUCAUUAUUUUACCAUGGUACACUAAUCACUUAAUAGAAGGCAGCAGUUCAAGAGUAAAUGUUUUUAAACUUAGUUGCAAAGAAGCAAUUCCUAAUCAACCACAAAUGGUAAGAAAAGAAUAAUUAAAUAUCACAAGCAGCGCUACCCAUUGAUCAAUUUGAAUAAAUUUUAUAAAUAAAAGACACACACAUAAAGCUUUAUAAAAUGGAGUUCCAGUGAAAAAAAUUUUCAACCAUAAAAAUAAAAAUUAAGAUUCUAGAAAUAAGAUCAAUUUAUUAAUAAUCGUUGCUGGAUCUGAUGAUCAUUUCUAUUUACUUAUUGAAAAAAAUGUAAAAAUAUCGUGAUUUAUUCAGCUGUCAGCUCCCUAGUGGCUCAACAGUAAGUCUGAGAGAUUAUAACACUAAAAAUUGAGUAUCGAUACUCAUGGUGAGUGGCUAGGGUAUUGCAGUCAGGUCUGUGUUUCUGCACCCGUAUCUUGAAAACUAAUAGAAUGAUGUACAUGAAAAUUUUACACAAGAUGGGAAGUCAGUAUGGGGCAGUCAUUCCCCAAAUUUGGUCUGGAUCCAAAUCCAGAUUCUGAAUCACUUUGAAGUAUUUUUUAUAAUGGGGAGAUAGGACAUUUUCAGAGUUUGGGGUUAAUAACUCUGUAAGGUGGGCACAUUAAUGUUGAGACUCCUCAUCAUACUACAAAAAAUUAUCUAGAUUGUUGAUCUAUUUGGAUCUGAGAAGGAUUUUCUGAAUUUGCAAAGGUUAAAUUUGACAUUAUCCAAUAUAAACACAAGCAAUCUUGAAAAGGAGCUGCAGGGCGAGGGUAUGCAAUCUCUCAGAUUGCUUUUGUUCUUUGUGUGAUAGAAGCAAGGUGUUUUUUUUUGGGGGGGGGUACUUUUAAAGUAGGAUUUGGCACGUCAGAAUAGACACACAUACACCAGUGGAUUUCUUUCAGCUGAAUCUAUAAACAUGGACUUAUCAAAAUGUUUCAAACAGAGCCUGUAAAUAUUUCUGAGCUCCUCUGGAGUCAUGUUCUUCAGUGAAUUAAGUCAGCUUAGUCACACUCGUGUACUUUUUAAUGACAAUAGCUGCAUUUCAUCUUUGAAAGUUGGAUUAAAGAGAAUGCCAGGAGAGUUUCUUAUUGCUGUAAACAUGUUAAUAUGCCAUGAUGUCUUAAAAGUGUAACCUGUCACAACAGCAUUGAUUCCACUUGUACAGUUUCAGUAAAAGUUCAACAUAGAAGAAAUGUCAUAUUAUUAAUAUUAUAGACAGAAAAGUUGAAUUUACCUUUCUGUUUCCUUUGGAAAUCUUAAAAAAAAAUAGCAUUUCUCUCCUGCAAAAUAAAUUUCCAAUUGUAAGCAGCACACCAAACACAAUUUUAUGUUUGUGUAGAUAUUAUGAACUGUGGUGUCCAACCAUUUACUACAAGGCAGUACUUGCAACCUAAUUUUACUUAGUGUAAGAGUUUCUUCCCUGUUUAGAGACUAUCUAGCUUAGACUAACGUAUGCCACUAACAGUACAUUAUUAAAUAUAACUGAUAACAGAUUUAUAUAUAACAAGCAACAUUUUCAGCUAUAAAACCUAUAGUUAUCUAUCUUCCCUGUUGACUUAGUUCUUAUCACAAACAUUAUAACGUGAACAUGGGUAUCACCCAACAUCUAUUUAGAUAUACCAAUGUUGCUUGAAGUUACAUUAGGUAUGUGAUUAGAAAUCAUGUAUACAGACAGUGUAUUUGUGUUUCAUGUGUGUUGAAAGCUUUGCUAGUUAACUGAAUUAAUUAGUUGAAAUAUUUGUAUAAAACAAACUUGACUUGAAAAUUAAUAAACUUCAUAUUUAUGUUCUUAAUUUUAACAUUUAUUUUAGUAAAACAAUAUAGUGGCUUCCACUGCCAAGUCCAAAUCCAUAUUAAGUGAGCUUAUUUGUGUGUUCUACAUGGAAGGGAAAUUAUGAAAUUGUUGAAAUCUCCUGACAAGUACAACAGACUUUUAUAAUUUAAACUACAGUGUGAGACUAGUGAAAUAAAGGUUGUAUAUCUCUUAUUAUCUACAAAUUUACCAUACUACUGAUUUAAAAAUGAUUAUAUUCAUUAUUAUUGUUUUGAAAGAAAUGAAAUUUUUUUGCUAUUUUCUUCUAUUCCUGUUUUUUAAAGAUAGGUUUCUUUCUUAUCCAGAGCCUGCUUUACAAUGUUGUCAACUAGUCAUGACUAGAUGAUCAGUUUGUGAUAAUCAGCUUGUGUAGGAUACAGCAUAAUGUAUUUGUUUUCUACACAAGAGGUGCUUUAAGAUAACCUCAGUACUGAAAAUUGUAUAUUAAAAUGUACAGUCUAAUGCUAUUAAAUCAGGAAUUCUUCGUGAUAUUCUGAUGCUAUACCAUAAUCUGUACAAGAGAGAAGUGUUUCACUUGUGUCAAAUUGAGUUCCAAUUAUAAAUAGAAGUUCACAACUUACAUUUUAUGUAGACUUUAGCCUUGUUAUACUUCCAGUUUUCCACAUCUCUCAAGAUUUUAUGAUAUUGUGUAGUGAUUUCACAAACCUUGUGCUUCAUGAUAUACAGAGCAUAAUGUUGCCAUUGAAUGGAACUUUGAAAAAGCUUGAUCUAUAAAUUAUCAUUAAGAAUGGUUUGAGAAUAUAAAGUUUGUACUAGUGUUUGGUGAAUCAUUAAUUACCUAAGAGAUUUUAUUGAUUCUACAAACAAACAGAUUGCAACUUUAGAUACAGAAGCUACAUUGCUAUCAGAUUUUCACAUCUUUUAUUUCUGUUUUCCUAAACCCAUUUUGAGAUAUCUUUACCUUUGUGAUGCAAUUAUGUGCAAAUCUAAUAUCUUACAUACUUGUAUUUCAAAUUUUCUAGAGGAAAAUUGAGAAUAAUAUCAUACAAGGUUGCAGAAGGCAAAAUAUCCACUGUAUUUCCAAGUAAUAUAUUUCAACAAUAUUGUAUAUAAAUAAACUUCAGCUUAAUAAGUAUGAUAGAUUUUUAUACUUUCAUUUACUAAAGCAAGUUGUAAUAUAAUAUUUGAAGUUUUUAUAUGUAUAUAAAGAUAUUGACUUCCUAUUUCACAGUAAAAACCACUUAUGACGAAUAUAGUUGUAACAUAAAGAUAUGAAGUUAGUAUUAAGUGGUUUUAAAUUUUUUUGUAAGCAUGAUUCUAAUGUAACUGAAUAAUUAUUAAUAACUUUAGAUGAUUAUGAUUUUACAAUAGAAAAUGUUUAGAAAAAACACUUGUCAGAUUUGCACAGUGAUAUAUCAAAAAGUUUAGGAAAAAACUACAAAUAUUCACUCUAGAGCACUGAUAGAAUUUAGGAAAACAGAAAUGUAAUGUAGCUGUUGAAUGAUGUAAAGUUAUAAACUGUGUUUGUGAAAUCAGUUAAAUCAUGUCAAAAAUAAUUACUCAUUAACCAAAAUCUGCUGAACAAGAUUUGUUUGAUAUAAAAAAAAAA